AUGUUGAUUUCAUACUCCCUCCGAGUCUCCCUCUUAGACAGAUGCCGUCCUCUGAACGCGAAAGAGCAAGCUGAAAGCAGCGACGUUGUGGUCCACGUCGACUCGCCUUCAGCGACAGUCACUUUAUGGAAGCCCACUGAUGGCAGUGCUGAACAGAAGCAAAUAUACGAUGAAACAGCUGUCAGCAUUGUGGAGAGCGUCAUGGAAGGGUAUAAUGGAACCAUUUUUGCGUAUGGCCAGACGGGCACGGGGAAGACGCACACGAUGGUGGGAUCCGAAACCUGCUACGUCGGCAAGGGCAUCAUUCCACGGUCCUUUGAACACAUUUUCAGCAAAGUCGGAUGCUCGUCGGGAAAGAGAUAUCUGGUGCAAGCGUCAUUCCUGGAAAUCUACAACGAGGAGAUUCGCGACUUGCUGGCGAAGAACCCAAAAGGCCGCUUGGAGCUGAAAGACCAUCCAGGGAGCGGCGUGUAUGUUAAAGGUCUCUCCAGCUUCGUGGUGAAGGGCGUUGAAGAACUGCAAGAAGCCAUGCUUGCAGGACAGAGAAACAGAAAGGUCGGGGCGACUCUGAUGAACGUCGUGUCCAGCAGAUCCCACUCGAUCUUCACGGUGACAAUUGAGUCUUGCGAAAUCGUCGACGGCCAGGAGAACCAAAUUCGCAUUGGAAAACUCAACCUCGUCGACCUUGCGGGGUCCGAAAGGCAAGCGAAGGCGGGGACGACCGGAAGCACUUUCAAAGAGGCGGCGAAAAUCAACUUGUCGCUGAGUGCGCUAGGGAAUGUGAUCUCUGCUCUCGUAGAGUCCCGGACGAGCUUCGUUCCUUAUCGCGACUCGAAACUGACAAGGCUUCUUCAGGACUCCCUAGGCGGCAACACACGAACGGCGAUGAUCGCCAAUAUCGGGCCUUCUGGCUCCAACUACGAAGAAACUUUGAGCACGCUCCGAUAUGCACACCGCGCCAAGAACAUCCGCAACAAACCGCGAAUCAACAGUGACCCCAAAGACGCGAUGAUCCGAGCCUUCCAAGAAGAAAUUGCGAAGCUGAAAGCCGAACUUGCAUAUGCUGCGACGUUGCCUCGUCAAGUCGAGAAAGUCAUCGAGGUAGAAAAACAGGUCGUGGUAGAGGUGGAGAAGGAAGUCGUGGUGCCAGUCGAGAAGGAAGUCCUCGUAGAGCGAGUCGUGGAGAAGGUCGUCCCUGGGCCUCCAGCAGAUGAAGACGUGCGUCGCCUCGAGCUGGCGCUUCAGGAAGAGAAGAGACUCAUGUAUGAAGACUUUGAACGGGAGAAAAAGCGCCAAGAAGAGCUCAUCGCGCGACUAAAGGCGAUGGAGGGGAAGAUCCUCGAAGGAAGUCAGGUGAUGCAACAUGCCGUUCAGCAGGAGCAAGAGCUCCGGCAAACGCAGCGCGAGUUGGCGGAACAGAGACAGAAAGAGCUGCAGAUGAAGCGGGAUCUCGAGAGGCAGCAACUGGAGCGCCUGACCCUGGAAGAGAAGUUUAAUUCUCGCGAGGAACAAAUCAGCUGUUUGACAGAAAAGCUGGAGAAACUGUGGAGAAGUUUUAAGACGGCGAUGGCGGAGAUCGAGGAUCUUCAACACGAGUUCCAGGCAGAGCGCGAAGACCUGUUAGACACAAUACGCGAGAUGACGAGGGAGGUGAAGCGUCAGGCUUCAAUCAUUGACCACUUCGUUCCGAAAGACUCUCUCCCUACCAUCGAAGAGCACCUGCACUGGGACGAGAACCUCGAGGACUGGAAGCUGGCGAAAGCCGAGUUGACGGGGAACGUCCUGAUUCGAAGAACGCCAGCAUUUGCGGCAUCUCUUGACAUACCUCAGGAGGCGUUGCUGUCUUCUGUUGACGAAGACUUUGAUGCCGUCACCUCCGAGAGAAUACAAGCCGCCCUUUGCACAGUGCUGGGGGCAGACGGCAGCGGAGGUCAAGGCGUUGCUGCCAGGCGACAAAACAUCUACCUCGAGUAUCCCUCUGAUCAAACCGCUCUGCAUAACCAUGCCUCAGCAGACCUAGAUAGCGGCGGCGCGGCAACAAGCGUGUGUGUCUCUUCUCCGGUAGCCGCUCAGCGGCAGACUUUAGAAGACGCGUCUCGCCUUCUGUGCACUGUGGAGAACCCAAUCUGA